GUCUUCGUGACCGUGGGCACGACGGAGUUCGACGCGCUCGUCGCCGCGGCGACGGCGCCGCCCUUCCUGGCGCGGCUCGAGGCCCUGGGCUUCGCCUGGCUGCGGCUCCAGGUCGGCCGCGGCGCCGCGCCGCACCUGCCCGCGGCGUCGACCGUGGGCGGCGCGCACGUCUCCUGGUUCCGCUUCACGCGCGACCUGCCCGGCGAGAUGGCCCGCGCGCACAUCGUCGUCUCCCACGCGGGCGCGGGCAGCAUCCUCGAGGCGCUCGAGCUCAAGCGGCGGCUCGUCGUCGUGCCCAACGCCGCGCUCAUGGACGACCACCAGGCCGAGCUCGCCGGCGCCCUCGCGGCGGACCGCCACCUCGUC